UUUGCAAUGAAAGUCGUGAUUACUUUAGCAAUCUGUGCGCUAACCGCAGUCGCUGCAGUAGCCAUUCCCGAAGGGAAAAGAGUCAGUGGUGAGGAUGGUUGGUAUAUUCCUCAAGCUGAUGGCUCAUUUGUUUGGGUCUCAACCGAGGAGGGUGAACAAAUUUUGGCCGAUUUAGAGCAGCAGGAAGAAAUGCAAAGUCGUCUACUGCCAGUUCCAGUGACUUUCUACCUCUACACAAAUAGCAACCCAUCUAAAGGAGUAAAGAUUACCGAAACUGUCAAAUCCAUCACCGAUUCCGGCUUCGAUGCUAGCAAUCCAACAAGAUUCGUUAUACACGGUUGGACUCAGGGCUACAACGCUGGUAUGAAUAAGGAUAUCCGUGCAUCUUGGUUGGCACGUGGAAAAUACAAUGUGAUCAUUGUCGAUUGGGCACGCGCACGUUCCGUCGACUAUGCCUCCUCUGUUAUUGCGGUACCAAAGACAGGCGAAAAGGUGGCCAGUAUGAUUAACUUUUUGGUCGAUAAAUUUGGUAUGAAUUUGGAUGAAACCGAAGUGAUCGGUCACAGUUUAGGUGCUCAUGUAGCCGGUUAUGCCGGUAAGAACACUAAACAUGGAUUACUUCACGCCAUAGUCGGUUUGGACCCCGCCCUGCCAUUCUUCAGUUAUAAUAAGCCCAACAAACGUUUGAAUGCCAACGAUGCCAAUUAUGUUGAGUCCAUUCAGACCAAUGGCGGUCUACUCGGUUUCCUCAAACCAAUUGGUAAGGGCGCCUUCUACCCGAAUGGUGGUAAGACUCAACCUGGCUGUCUUUUGGAUUUAACUGGUGCUUGCAGUCAUGCGCGCUCCACCGCCUACUACGCUGAGGCUGUGGCUCGUGAUGACUUCCCCAGUAUGCGUUGUGGUGACUAUCAGGAAGCAGUGAAAGAUGAUUGUGGCACUUCUUACAGUGGUGUGAAAAUGGGUGCAAUAACAAAUGCUUAUAUGGUGAAUGGUGAUUAUUACGUGCCCGUACGUAGUUCUUCACCUUAUGGUUUCGGUUCAUCUUAAAAUGAUUGCAUAU